UGUCUUCUUACAGGGAAAUCGCGUGCAGGCAGUGAUCUUUGGGAAAGAUAUCGAUCUACGUAAUGAUACACUGUAUAUCUACCAAUCAUACUAUAUCGCAAAUGCUUUGGUAAGAACAAUGGAUCCAAGGCAUCAAAGAGGACCAUAUCAGUUUCAAUGGACAAUAAACUCCAAGACCAUUGUUGAAGAGAUCGAAGAAGACGAGCCAGCACUUAGACCGCCAGAAUAUAACCUUGUUCCUUUGAAUGAACUUGGCGUACACAUAGACACAGAUGCUGAAAUAGAUAUUUUGGCACUUGCAAUUCAUAUGAACCCGCCAAAUGAAGUGAAUACGAACCAUGGAAAAUCGUUGAUCCAAGAAAUAUACUUGAUUGAUCCAGGUUUAAAACUCCUGCGUUUAACAAUGUGGAAUCGCUUUGUUCAUGACGAAUGCCGCGAAAUUUCUGACCUUAUUCUAGCAAAGCCAAUUAUUUUAGGAACACGGAUCAAAGUUUCUUCUUAUAAUGGCCUAUCACUGUCAUCAAGACCGACGAGUGUCUUUAUUGUUGAACCCCUUCUUUCAUCUUCUGUUGCAUUACGUACAUGGGCAGCACAAAAUGAUAAAUUGCUGGAAGAAAUCAUUGGAAAUAGUUUUGGAUCAGCUUCAAGUAGUUCUACCGAUCCAAUCAUAAAAGUAUCUGAAAUCGCAGAAAAACUGAUAUCUGCUCCAGCAAUGGCGAGGUCCACAUAUUUGGUUAGAGGCAAAUUUAGAAUGGUUGAUUUUCACCAGUCAUUCCACUACGUAUCAUGCGAGAAUUGUAACAAGGCAACUGGCUAUGACCUCGGUGAAAACUUCAUAUGUUAUAGUUGCAAGAAUGCAGCAAUUGCACGGGCAAGGUGUCGAGUUUAUUUAGAUGUGUAUGAUGAUACCACAUCGACACCCGUUGUUAUUUUUGGAUCUUUGGCAGAGGAAAUUUUGGGAUGCACAGCUGUUGAUCUUAUAGACCGUACAGACGAGGAACAUCUGCCUUAUAUUGAAAACAUUGCAAACAACAUUGAAAAUAAUGAGUGGAUCAUAGUCUUGGGCGCGCAGAUGAAUGAAUCUGGGAGGUUACGCCAAAACAAACUUACUGUAUUAUCUGUUAAUAACGUCCCAGGAACAGCAGAAUGAGUUUCCAGACUUCUCUUCUGAAACUUUUGACUAUUGUAAUAUAUAAGUACAGGGUACUCAUGUAUAGUUGUAGUUAUGUUUAUUAGAGUGCUGUAUUAUAGCAAUGAAUAUUUUGCAAACAAUAUAUAUAAUGUUUAUUAUGAAGAGGAAGAAAAUUGUUAAAAUAUAGAUAAAAUUCUGUCUAUUUAUAGCUAAAUUGAAAAAUUUUUAAAUUGUUACACUUAAGAAAAAUAU